AUGCCGAAAGUAGCUUUAGAAAUAAGUGUAUUUGAGAUUUAUACACGUGAAAAUAUCACGGCUCGAAGCCGUAAGGAUAGUGGAGGUAAAAGUGAAUCGGAGGCAGCAGAUAAAGAUAAGCGUGAAAAAGGUCGGGAUAAGGAUCGUAAAAAACGCGCGGCAUCAUCUUCAAGCAGUGGUAGUAGCUCUUCAGAUAGCAGCUCGAAUUCAUCUAGCUCGAGUAGCGGAAGUAGUUCACGAUCAAGCUCAUCGUCAAGCAGCUCAUCCAGUAGUUCCGGCAGUUCCUCAGGAAGUUCGAGAGACCGCACACGUAAACGUAGCCGUAGCAAAAGUGCAGAUGGUGCUCGUAGACAUGAUAAUAAAGAAAAAGAACGUGAGAGAGAGCGGGAACGUGAAAGAGAACGUGAACAAAUAUUUUCGACAUACGGCCAAAUAAAAAUGGUUGAUUUUUCAUUUGACAAAAUGCAUCCAAAUCACGGUCGAGGAUUCGCUUACGUAGAAUUUGAAACCGCGGAUGAAGCUGAGAAUGCAAUGAAACACAUGGACGGCGGGCAAAUUGAUGGACAAGAGAUAACAGCCGCUCCUGUAUUAUUGCCUAAGCCAAGGAUAAUGCCCAUGCGUAGAAUGUCACCGCCUAUGAACAGACGCGGUCCUAUGAGAUGGGGCGGUGGAGGCGGGGGUGGUGGACGCAAUUCACCCCCACGCUAUCGCAGACGUUCUCCGAUGAUGAAUCGCAGACGUAGUCCGCGUCCACCCAGACGUAGACAGAGAUCGCGUUCACGCAGCCCUGCUAAUAAUCCUCGACAUCGUCAUCGAAGAUACACACGAUCUAGUUCUAGCAGUUCACGAUAA